GGCGAAGGAGCGGGGCUUGAGCACCGAGUUCCAGAGGGCACUGUGCUGGGGAGGAGAGGGAGGGAGAGCCAAGCUAGCGUUUGGAGGGGGGUGUCAGUGUUGGAGAGGUGGGAAGAGUUCGGAAGAGGGCCACGGAAAAGGAGAUCCCCAGAGGGACAAGACCUUUGGUUUAAAAGGGCGAAAUGAAGACACCUGGAAAUCCAGGUUUUCAAACCCCAUCCACCCCCGGAAGAACCUUCGGGGUAUUAAGAGUACUACAGUCCCAAACGUAGAUGGUUCUGUUAACACCGAAGAAGAGGAUGAAGAAGAUGUAGUGGAUUUGGCAGCUAAUUCGCUCUUAAACAAGUUAAUCCGUCAGUCAUUGGUAGAAUCCAGUCACCGAGUGGAAGUUUUACAGAAGGAUCCCAGCUCCCCACUUUACUCAGUGAAAACGUUUGAAGAACUGCGGCUAAAGGAAGAGUUACUAAAAGGAAUCUAUGCAAUGGGAUUUAAUAGGCCAUCCAAAAUCCAAGAGAUGGCUCUCCCUAUGAUGCUGGCACAUCCACCCCAGAACCUCAUAGCACAGAGCCAGUCUGGAACAGGAAAAACAGCUGCCUUUGUCUUGGCAAUGUUAAGCAGAGUUAAUGUCUUGGAAUUGUUCCCACAGUUAAAAUUGAAAGAUGGCUCGUCUGAACCUUUCUUCUCCCCUCUAAUUCUCUAUCUGUGGCAGUGCCUCUGCCUGGCUCCUACUUAUGAAUUGGCUCUGCAAACUGGCCGUGUGGUUGAGCAGAUGGGAAAAUUCUGUGUGGACGUUCAAGUUAUGUAUGCCAUUCGAGGGAAUCGAAUUCCUAGAGGCACUGACAUCACCAAACAGAUUAUAAUUGGCACUCCUGGAACUGUCCUAGAUUGGUGUUUCAAACGAAAAUUGAUUGAUCUGACUAAGAUUCAUGUGUUUGUCCUGGAUGAAGCAGAUGUGAUGAUUGACACCCAAGGAUUCUCAGAUCAGAGCAUUCGCAUUCAAAGAGCUUUACCCACCGAAUGCCAGAUGCUCCUCUUUUCAGCAACCUUUGAGGACUCUGUAUGGCAAUUUGCCGAGCGAAUCAUUCCCGACCCUAAUGUCAUCAAGUUACGCAAAGAGGAGCUAACCCUGAACAACAUCCGGCAGUAUUACGUGUUGUGCGAGAACAGGAAAGACAAAUACCAAGCUCUGUGCAACAUUUAUGGUGGCAUCACCAUUGGUCAGGCCAUCAUCUUCUGUCAGACUCGUCGAAAUGCCAAGUGGUUGACUGUGGAGAUGAUGCAAGAUGGCCACCAGGUGUCUUUAUUGAGCGGGGAGCUGACCGUGGAGCAGCGAGCUUCCAUCAUUCAGAGGUUUCGAGAUGGAAAAGAGAAGGUUCUUAUCACAACCAAUGUUUGUGCUCGAGGGAUUGAUGUGAAGCAGGUGACAAUUGUUGUGAACUUUGAUCUCCCUGUAAACCAAGCACAGGAGCCAGACUAUGAGACCUACCUCCACCGCAUAGGGCGGACAGGACGCUUUGGGAAAAAAGGCCUUGCCUUCAACAUGAUUGAAGUGGAUAAGCUGCCCCUGCUCAUGAAGAUCCAGGACCACUUUAACAGCAGUAUUAAGCAGCUUGACCCUGAAGACAUGGAUGAAAUUGAAAAGAUUGAAUAUUGAAGAAAGGACUUUAUUGUUUGUGAAAUAUCCUAGUUUAUGUGAGAAUGUUCCAAUGGGUUUUGAAGGUAAUUUUUUAUGUUGAGGCUUUUUUGAUGUGAAACUGUCACACAGAUGGCAAAAUAAAUGUCAUGGUACCCUUAGUUUUAAGACCUGAGGUCUUUUUGAAAGUAAAUUGAUGUGAAACAUGUGAUCCUUUUGAAUAAAAAAAAAAGCAAGAAUUUUUUUUCUAAUCUUUUUCCAGGUAA